AUGGCUGAUCAAACCCAAAAACUCCACAUAGCCAUGCUCCCAUGGCCAGCCUUUGGUCACAUGAUUCCAUUUUUAGAUCUUGCCAAGAACAUAGCCCAAAAAGGUCAUCGGGUCUCCUACCUGGCCACCCCUAGAAACAUUCAACGCCUCCCAAAACUCCCUCCAUAUUUAGCUGAUUCAAUAACUUUGGUGCAACUCCUUUUACACAACGACAACAGUCUCCCUGAAAAUUCAGAGGCCACUAUGGACAUCCCACCCCAUAAUAUGCUAGACCUUAAAAGGGCUUAUCAUGAUUGGAUUAUUUACGACAUAUUUGCUUACUGGUUACCCCCAAUUGCUGCUAAGCUAGGAAUAUCUAGAGGCUUCUUCAAUACUAACAAUGCAUGGAACAUGUCUUUCAUUGGUUCAUCAAUACCGGAGAUAAAGGCCAAAUAUGAUCCACCAACUAAGCCAGAGGACAUGACUGUCCCUCCCAAGUGGGUAACCUUUCCUACCAAUGCGACAUUUCGACUAUUCGAGGCUAAGGAUUAUUUUUUUUACAAGUCCUCCAAUGAUUCAAAUUUUACUGAGCAUAAUUUAGCGGUGUCAGGUUGUGAAGUGAACAUUGUUCGUAGUUGCGUGAAACUUGAACCUGAGUGGUUGAAACUCCUAAAAGAGCUUCACCAAAAGCCUGUUGUUCCGGUGUGCAUAUUGCCACUCACAAUGCAAGUUCGUCGACAUGACCACAAAGAUGAUACUUGGGAUACAAUUAUUGAGUGGUUGGACAAACAAGAAAAAGGGUCUGUUGUUUAG